AUGGAUCGAUCCGCUGCCUCGGUCGACAGCGGCGACGCCGACUCCCAGACACCGCCUGAGACGACAACGACCCGGCCGAACCCAUUCGAGGACGAUGCUGCUUCUGCUCGCAAACGCCGCCGCACAUCUACAUCAGCGUCCAUGUCGCCCGCCCCAGAAGCUUCAUCCGACGAUGAUGUCGAACCCAGCAUUUCUCAUGAUAUAAUUGAGAAGCAUGACACAGAUGUAGCUAUACAAGAAGCUAUUUCGACCCCCGAUGAUCAUACCGACAACGUCCACACGCCCGUGGCCUCGGACUCCUCCGCCUCGCUCGAUCCCUCCAGCCAGCUCACGCUUAGCUUGCGUCGAAUCAUAAACGAUCAGCGUAGCGAGACGGUGCAGACGGGAGACGGAAUCAUAGACUCCAGACCAGACUCGCCAAUUUUGGAGCAAACAUGCACCGCGGACGACGACCGACACAUGAUGGCGCAGCCAGACGACGAAACGUUGUCUUCUGACUUGGAAGAGGUCAUAACCCCGGCUGCAUCUUUCCCCUUCCGACGUCAAAGAGAUGACUUACACGAUCCUGUGAUUCGGCUCACCCAAGAUAUAUCCAACGAGCGCAACAUUGAUAUUUCCCAUCUGCAAAAGCUUUCAACAUGGAUGCAGCAGUCGGCUAUCAGAUUUUUCGAAACCUCGGAAAGAACCAUCAUACUAUUCACGCUCCAAUCGCAGAGAAAAUUCUGGCUUUCAUUCCCCGCAAUCAUGAAUGCCCUAACAACGUCAAGAUCUUGCGUCAAUGGCUCGCAAUCGAUAAUCUCCGCGGUUAAAAACAUUCUGUCGCUUUAUUCGCUGCUUACCGCUGCCCUUGUCAAGUUUGACCAUGGGACUCUUCAGCUAGCACUUACGAGUGAUGCCGAGCCGGAGGAUGAGCUUGCCCUCUUCUCCAUCGAAUGCCUUCAUAUAUGGUAUGCUCUGCUGAAUCCGCGAGAGCGCGAGGCACACGGACAGAUCGAUGGCUCGUCGCUUUGGACACGCAGCGAAAUGUCCAGAAUCCUUCUCCCUCCCUUGAUCACGGCCCAAGGCAACAGCACACAGUGGAUCAGUGCAUUUGCUUGUGAUCUAGCAAUAUUCGCCACUACCCCGAAAUUUCGGCUGCGCGACUUCACUCUUGUCACCUGCGUUCUCAUAGACUGCGUCGCCGCUGACCACGAAAGAAAUGAUGUAACGCUUGCCGAAUCACCUCAGUUCCACGCUGGCAUCCAACAGACUCGAGAAACAUGGCUGGCGCUUUCUUCAGCCUUUUCUGCCAUUAUCGAGAAAAAUAUCUCUAUACUGAGCACCGAGGCGGCAACUCGCCUCGUUUAUGCCCUGGACAACAUGCUCUCUUUCAUUUGCCGGUCGGACAACCAAGCCGACAGAAAUCAGCCCGACGGUGUCGACCAUCUGCUCGAGACGUAUAGAUUGAAGCACCCUGAAGCAGCACCCGAUGUCCUGCAGAAGGCCGCACCUUGGGAAUGGAAGCUCGGGAUUCUGGCCAAGCUCAUUCAAUCAGGGCUGAUGCAACUCCGAGUCAUGGCUGUCAACAUAUUGUGUUCAUGCCUGGCUGAAGUUUGGAGCCAAGAAGAAGACACUGAUGAAGGCCGCCGCUUUCUAUGCCAUCUGGGUCAUAUUGUUGACAGUGAGCUGAUGGGGUACAUCAUUGGCCCGUCUUGUCAUCCCGAAAUUAUUGCCACUAGCGCCCAUGCCGUUGUAUUUUUGAUUGUAUCAAAAGCGAGCAACAAACUCAUCCUCGAUCGACUUUGGCGCUCCAUUGGAUCAAGCCAAGAUCCACGAGUGGCUGACGCUAUCACCCGCGUCACUCUGAAUGCUCUUAAUGUUUUGUAUUAUGACCAACUAGUGCAUCUGUGUGAAAAGUUCAAUGACGUUGAGCUGAAGAACUUUUCUCCCUCGCUUCGAAGUCUUUGGGAAACUUUGAUUGGGGAAAUGGUCCAGAAAGCGCAGCUCGGUAGCCAGCCUCUCACAGUGCAUCCCUUUCUCUCCGUUUUGCGUGUAUUGAGAGAGAUACCGACUUGCGAUAACGGUGCCCAUUACGCGGAUCCUGAACUUCAUGCGGCCGCAAUGCACCGAGCUCGAGACCUGCUUAACUACGAGUUGGAAGCGGAAGUUCGAAGAGAGCUGUACAGAAACUGCGCUAACCAUCUAGCAUCUGAUUCGCAAACCAAGCUUGGAAGCCUCUGGUUUCUUUCUAUAUGCAUGCGACCAGCUAUUGCUAAUGAGCUUCAGUACCUCACUGAAACGCACAACAUUGUUCAACUGGUGGUGGAGGAAUUGGAGUCUGCGGUGGGCGCCGCGUCAGAACCAUCUGUCCUUGUUCUGGCUGGUCAUGCGAAUUCAGCUCGCCGAGACUUGAUCUCGCAAAUUAUUCAUUUCCAGCCAGAAUCAAUCACCGAAGAAUUGGGUACCAGGCUCUGGGAGGGUUUGGUUGGCCCCAAAGCGCUCAACCCCCUCGACAGAAUUGCGGCCUGGCAAACGAUUUCCACGGUCGGCAAUAACAGCGGAUUUCAGAACCCGUUCCUGCAGAUAUGCUUCUCCAGACAUCUCCCUCAUCUGUCCGCCAGCUGGUAUUGUGACGGAAUGCUCAGUUUUGUCAAAGAAAACAUCAUGUUGCGAGUUAAUCACAGCGAUGAUUUCAACCUCGACGAUGACGAGCUUGUCGCCAAGAGCGGCAUAGAAACUUUAUGGCGGAUCAUCCUCUCUGCACAUGAUGAGAGCAUUGCCAAGUCUGCCAUCGUCCUGCUCGCGUCCGGGGUUUAUCUGGACAGCAACGCAAUCACAGCUUGUACAUUGAGCAGGGCCCAGAACAAUCAUCUCAAGCUGGUUCGCCAAUGUUUGAAACUCAUGCGCGAAGCUAGAUGUGCUGUGCAAGCUGCCCCGACAGAAAACGACACCGAUGACGACUCGGUCGUUGUUGUCGAACCUGAGCGCGAGACGUUGCAGAAGAAGCGCGAGCUUUUGCGCACCUUGAGACUUCUGCAGUAUUUCCUGGACGCGUAUCGCGGCAAUACACGCUUUGCUGCUGCUGAUCUGCGGUCCCUGAUACCGAAGUGCGCUUCAGAGAUGAAAGGCGAACCGACUACUCUGCAAUAUCAGGCGUUCGGUGACAACGGUAACAGCGCAAUCAAGUCACUCCAGAUAGGACGAGAAAAUUCACUUGCAUCGCUGCUCGCUGCUCUCAGAGACGAAACUGGCUUCCAGAGUUACAAAGCUUACUACAGGGGCCGACCGUUAAUCCCAACGCAGAUCGAAGCAGGCCAAUCUCUGCAAGCGUUGGGCAUGUGCGAUGGUUUGAUUCUUCUUACCAAGGGAGUUGCCGCCUCUGAGAUGCCUAGCUAUGUGAAACCUGGCUCGUCGCCCGUCGAGAUCGAAAUCCUGUCCCAUUUCUCAGAAUUUUGGCAAUAUCUGAUCAUGGAGGAGAAUAUAGCUGCUGAGGCAUAUCAUUUUCUCUUGCGACUUCCAGCCGAUGGCCAGCUGAUGCAGCGGUUAAGUGCAGAUGAUACCAAGUAUGAGGACCAUUUUGUCCCCGAUCAACCCUACAGACUGCUAUACACUAUUUUUGCCUUGAUGGAAUGUGUCAAGGAGGCGCCAUCUGACCGAACUCUAUGUGAUCACGACUCCCAGAGAGUGACCGAGGCCAAGUCCUACAUUUCCAUGCUGGACAAGGCCUUGCGGCUGCUCUCUCGUGGCUUGGAUGAUGAAAUGAUUACCCAGACCGCAUCUGGCCGGGUCAAAGUGCAAGUCACCUCAGCUUUGAUAGUGCAAUUUCUGCGUCUUUUUGAUGACUCAAUCGCAUUGCGGGAUAGUGCUUCUGCCGAGGAUAUUCCCAGGCCUUCUGCUCGCCGAAUCUUGUCAAUACUCGACAAUGCGACUAGCUCCCAAGAAGAAGAGCUCGUUCAUCUCAGCGCCAAAUGUCUGUCUCUGAUCUUGCGUAUAGGGUCCGUUGAUGAAAAGUUCUGGCAGGCAUUGGCCGGUGACCCGCUGCUUACAGAGCUGAUGCGCCGAAUGUGUGUCUUAUCCAGCCAAAAGCAGUUUAGGCAUUUUUGCGCCUGCCUGAUCGAGGAAACCAUUAAGAAGGAAGCCGAUAUGCCCGAGAAGAAUGGUCGCAUUGCGAAAUACUUCUGGAACUGGGCACUGGAGACGCUGAGCACCAUCCCGGACUUGGGAGAAAACUGCGAGGAACUGAUGAAGUUGAUGUGUUGUCUCGUCCCUAAGAUGCGUCAAAAUUACUCCGAAAGUAUUGACCUUGGAUCCCUAGUGCGGCAGUUGACCGAAUACUUGAUAGCACAUACAUGCACCGAGAAUAUCAACCAGGCUAUCCCGUGCGACGUGGUGGCUGAGGGUCUGAUUGUUCUUUUGCACAGUUGUAUACUGCCGGAUCCAUCUCUUGCUCAGUCUAUUUCGAGCGCUGCAAUCUCGACCUUGAUGAAGAAGCACCUCUUCCCAAAGGAGCAAACUGGCACAAACCAGUCUCUACCAAGGAUCAUCUUGAACCCAGAACUGAGAGGAAAACUCUACGAAUGUAUUUUCAUACAUCUACGCGCUCACCCCAACAGGCUGCUCGAGGCAGUACAGUUUCUGGAAGAAAUGGUUCCCUUCUUUGCUGAUGGCUCUGAACCGUAUAUAUACGAGCUUCCUUUUCAGUUCGAGCAAGAGAAAGCGCUUCGAUCUCCGGCCGGAUAUGUUGGCCUGCAGAAUCUGUCAAACACCUGCUAUCUAAAUUCACUUGUCACGCAAUUGUACAUGAACCCCAAAUUUCGGAAUUACUUGCUAUCAUUUGAUGUGGACGAAACCGAUGAUUCUAAAGCACUCUUGCUUGAAACGCAGCGACUAUUCGUCCACCUACAAGAGAGCAUCAAUCGGGCAGUGGAGCCGGCUGCAUUUGUCGGCGCGAUCAAGACAUACGACCAAGGGCCAAUUGACAUCCACAGCCAGAUGGAUGUAGACGAGUUCUAUAACCUUCUAUUUGAUAGGUGGGAAGCGCAGCUGCCGAAUGGCAUGGCGAGGAAGAAGUUUCGAUCCAUUUAUGGAGGCCAACUCGUGCAACAAAUCAAGUCGAAAGAGUGUGGCCACAUAUCGGAGAGACUGGAACCUUUUUCGGCAAUCCAAUGCGAUAUCAAGGGAAAAUCGACACUCGACGACAGUCUACAAGCAUAUGUAGGCGGAGAGACAAUGGACGGCGAUAACAAGUACAAGUGUUCCUCGUGUGACCGACAUGUCGAUGCUGUGAAAAGGGCUUGUCUGAAAGACAUACCGGACAAUGUCAUUUUUCAUCUGAAGCGGUUCGACUUCAAUCUGCAGACGCUGCAACGGAGCAAGAUUGACGAUUAUUUCGCGUUUCCUCAACAACUAGACCUGCAACCGUACACAAUCGAACACCUCAGCGGAUCAGCACCCGAUGGCAAGCAAGACAUGUUCGAACUGGUUGGCGUACUUGUCCAUACAGGAACAGCCGAAUCUGGCCACUACUACUCCUACGUGCGUGAGCGCCCGCUGAAUCAAGACACGACGCCAAAGUGGGUAGAAUUCAACGACGACAACGUGGGAGUUUGGAAUCCUGCAUCGAUGGAAGCAGCAACCUUUGGCGGCCCAGAACGGCGCUCAAUCUAUGAAGAAAACAGCAUAACCUUCAACAAGAGCUACAGUGCUUAUAUGCUAUUUUAUCAGCGAAUUACGCCGCCGGGAGAAGCCGCCGAGACAGCACCUCCCUCGGAAGUUGGCCAGUGCUCGUACACAGCAAUGGGCGAGGCCCUAAAAGAGCAUAUCCGGAGCGAAAACAUUUUACUCCUGCGACGACAUUGCCUAUUCGAUCCAAAUCAUGCCAAGUUUGUCCAAGCUUGUGUCUACGAGAUCCUCAGACUCGGCUUGGAGCUGGAGGAACAGUUGCUGGACCUAAGCCAGCCAUCCAAAGCCUGCCAGCUGGUCGUUGAAACUGCGCUGAGCUAUUUGGACCAGAUUUUCAGUCGCAACAAAAACUCUUCUUUUGCCGUCCACUUCUGCAACAUGUUGGCUGAAAUGGCCAGACAGCCAGGCUGCGCUUGGCAUGUGCUCAGCUAUUUCCUUGGUCGCCCUGUUGUCCUGCGCUCUCUCUUAAUGCGAAACCCUGACCGAAAUGUACGAGCCGCCGCCGGCCAGCUGUUUGUGAUUUGCUUGGAGCAGCUGUCGAGGAGCUGUCCGCGUUUAUACUACGGUCGGGCCAACACAGCGACGUUGACCAGUGACGAUGAAGACGCAGACAUGGCUGGUGACGAAUCGGAAGAUGAGAGUAUCCUGUCGCAAGCAGUAAGGCUCCUCGAUUACUUGUGGAAGUAUUUUCAGCAUCACAUUAGAGCAUGGGAUGAAUAUUUUACGACGAUUCGCCGGGUGGCUCAGCUCGGAAGAGAAGAGUGCGCGGCGAUCUUGGCGUCUGGGUACUUGGAAAGAUGCAUGAUGAUUGUCAGUGCGAAUCGCGCCAUGGACCUGGAGCCAAACUAUGUGAAGAUGCUGCAGAAUCUGUUCAGGAAGUUCAGCGGACAGCUACCGUCUUACAUGGCAGUCCUGGCUGUCAUCAACUAUCUGAUGGGCCAGCUAGAGCCAGAACUAAGUCUUGAGACGAUUGUGGACGAGGCGGAUGAACGAUUGGGACAUUCGGGCGAAUACUUUGCCUGGACAUCAGCUGAAGUCACCAGGCUAUUGUACCCUCAGGACGAGGAGGACAUGAGCAUGUUUAUGGCGCGCCUAGUGGAGAUUAACCAAGCACCGGAUAUCACCAAGCAAAUCCUGGAGCGGAUAAUGGUCGCAGGCGAGAUACCGACGAGAAAGCUUUUGAAGCUGCUGGAGCAGAUGAUCCGAGGUGAUGCAACGACGGACCCUCUGGAUUCGUAUAUCCGGACCGCGUCAAUCGUGGUCGAUAGCUGCAGUGACGUGGGCGACGCUCAGCACCUGGUUGAACACAUCUGCAAGCAGGCAGCUUGCUUCCAGGGUGGCGAAGGCGAGGCAUUCCUGGUGCUAAUACGGCGGGCGCUCGAUAACAAGCGAGGAAGCGAGGCAGAGCGUGAGCACAUACGACUGACAACGCUGCACACGAUACCGAAAUGGGUGUCGUAUCUGCUCCAGUAUCCAGACGCUCACGUACGAAAUGGAACGGAGCAGGUGGUGGACAUGGCUCUGAACCCACAGGUUGAUGCGGGCCUGACGAGAGCCGAGGCUCGCGCAUUAUCGUCCGAGCUCGGGCUGGCCAUUGGGAUGCGCUGCCUGGAAUUUGUGCAAGAAGCGCACAUCAGGCGCAGAGCGUCGAUCGAUAGACAGCUUGCCGGGGCGCUGGUUCGGAUCCUGUCCAACUGUAGCGUGACGGUGUCGGAAAGCGAAAGCUUGGCAGAUGAUGACAAGGAAAGCUUUAGCGCGCAACAGCAAGAAACACUCGAGAGCAUGACUGCCCUGGUGGUUGAUGGAGCAGAAGAAGACGGAUCGGAAUGGGGCGGAUCCGCACUAUCGUCCGAGGCUAUGGACGAGGAGGCCGAUACAGAGGCGGCGAUGGCUAUGCUAGGGAAUAACGGGCUCCCAUGA